AUGGCCACCAACCAAGGUGUCCUCUCAACACUUGACAAAACCAAGACACAAACCUACCACUACAAAGCAAUUGUGAUAGCCGGGAUGGGGUUCUUCACUGAUGCAUAUGAUCUAUUUUGCAUCACUGCAGUUAUUAAGCUCAUAGGUCGGUUGUACUACUAUGACCCCAUUAGUCACAGUCCAGGGAAGCUUCCAAGGAAUGUAAACAAUGCAAUAACAGGUGUUGCAUUGUGUGGCACCCUUGCAGGGCAGCUCUUCUUUGGCUGGCUGGGUGACAAACUCGGUCGAAAAAGGGUUUAUGGCCUAACACUUGCCACCAUGGUGGGGUGUGCCUUGGCAUCAGGGCUUUCUUUUGGAUCCACAGCCAAAAGUGUGGUUGCUAGUCUUUGCUUCUUCAGGUUCUGGCUAGGAUUUGGCAUAGGAGGAGACUAUCCUCUCUCAGCUGUUAUAAUGUCCGAAUAUGCCAAUCAAAAGACCAGGGGAGCUUUUGUUGCUGCUGUUUUUGCUAUGCAAGGGGUGGGAAUAUUGGUUGCUGGAGGUGUAGCCAUGGUGGUCUCCAAACUGUUCCUAUUAGCUUAUCCAGCCAAUGUUUUCGCAUCUGAUUCAGUGCAAUCCACUCAGCCACAAGGAGACUUCGUUUGGAGAAUAGUGCUCAUGUUUGGUGCAUUUCCUGCUGCCUUCACUUAUUACUGGAGAAUGAAAAUGCCAGAAACUGCAAGGUAUACUGCCUUAGUGGAAGGAGAUCACAAGAAAGCUGUUGAAGAUAUGGCCAAAGUUCUUCAAAAUGAUAUACCUUUAGAAGAAUCAAAUACCAGGGUUUCUGCCACAACUAGCCCCUCUUAUGGAUUCUUCUCUUCAAAGUUUCUUGAGAAGCAUGGCCUUCACCUUCUAGGAACAACUAGCACCUGGUUCUUGUUGGAUAUUGCCUUCUACAGUCUUCAGCUAACGCAAAAAGAUAUUUACCCUGCAACUGGACUUGUAUUCAGAGCUUCCCAAAUGAAUGCCAUAGAGGAGGUGUUUCGGCUCUCCAAAGCAAUGUUUGCAGUGGCACUGUUUACCACUGUCCCUGGAUACUGGUGCACAGUGUACUUCAUUGACAAAAUUGGAAGGUACAAAAUCCAACUUGGUGGAUUUUUUGUGAUGUCUGUUUGCAUGUGGUUUUUGGGACAAAAAUACGGAGAAUAUAGGGGACAUGAAUGCAACUCGCAUGAAAAGUAUGAGUAUUGUGGCGGAAACCACACCAUGUUUGUCAUUCUUUUUGGAGUCACCCUUUUCUUUGCAAACUUUGGACCCAAUGCCACAACAUUUAUUGUGCCAGCAGAGCUGUUCCCUGCCAGGUUCCGUUCAACAUGCCAUGGGAUAUCAGCAGCAGCUGGUAAAGCAGGAGCUAUCAUUGGUGCUUUUGUGGUGCAAAGCUAUACAGAUAAUGCAGAAGACAAAAUAAAAGGUAUGAAGAUAGCACUUAUGAUACUUUCAGUUGUCAAUUUGCUAGGAUUCUUCUGCACUUUCUUAGUACCAGAAACAAGAGGACGGUCACUUGAAGAAAUCUCAGGGGAAGAUAAAGGACUCCCUGGCAAUAUUGCUCAAGACAAUGCAAACGAGACAACAACUGAUACAGAAAAGGGAACAAAAAACUCUGAUGUUGGCAAACUUCCAGAAACCUUAGUGGUCUAG